AUGGGCUUUCAACCAUCACGGAGUCCCACCCUAUUUAAGAGAAUCCUUGAAGACUACUUCCGUGACAGGAGAAUACAGUACACUGGAUACAGUACUCGAUUGGGAGAAGACACGAAGAUUGUCUCCAAGUUCACAAGACGGAGACCAUGUUGUAGACGGCCAAGAGACACCAGCCUCCGAGUAAGUGAGGCAAGGGUCGAGGUGGGUACAACCAUCAAAUAUCUGGGUAUACAUCUUGAUCCAAAGUUGCGAUUCAACGAGCACUUUGCUCGUCUGGCCCCCCCGGAUUCGCCAAGUGGCCAAUUUCCUGGCCCGGCUAUUGCCGAACCUCGGGGGCCAAAGCAGAAAGCCCGUCGUCUCUGUGUCAACGUGGUCCACGCGGUGGCUCUAUAUGGGGCACCGUUCUGUGCGGGAGUUGCAGCAGAGGCAGGAGCGCAGAGCAAGUUUGCCCAGCUCCGCGCCGCGCAAAGGACGAUUGCUCUGCGCGUUAUCUGCGGCUUCCGAGACGUAGCCACGGAGACGGCGAGUGUGCUGGCGGGGGUACCUCCUCUGGCCCUCUUGGCAAAAAUGUACGCGACGAGAUAUGCUCGCCGCGUCGAAUCGCUACAGGAAGAUCUGGCAGAGAACACCUCGCGGGAGGCCCUCGCCAACUUGGAGCGCCAGGCCCGACAACAGCUGCUUCUGGAUUGGGAGCAGCACUUGGAUGAGCCCCGUGCGACAGUCCAAGAAGUUGUCGCGGUGGUCUGA